UUCAUUGUUUGUAUUAUCCAAACAUUUCUAUAUUUCCUUAAAUAUGAGUGAGUUUGUAGUUAUACAAGUUGGUCAAUGCGGGAACCAAAUUGGCAGCGCACUGUGGCCCUUGAUAUUACAAGAAUAUGACAUUAAUUUAUACUCCGAAGAUAAGAAAAAGACUGGUGAUACCUUAACUCCAAAGCCGCUUUCUAGUUUUUUUAAUACCUCAUCGAAAAGCGACUUGGCAUGUGGCACCUUGGCCGAAUUAAUCAACAAUAAAGUUAAAGCUAGGGCUGUAUGUAUUGAUAUGGAAGACAGCGUCGUAGCUAGAUUUAGACAAGGGGUAUUAAAAGAUAUUUUCGAUAAAAAAUGCUUUAUCACUAAUUACCCCGGAUCUGGAAAUAAUUGGGCAGAAGGAUACUACGAAUAUGGACCGAUUUAUGCAGAGAAAAUAUUAAGCUCUAUUAAACAUGCCGUCGAGAGAUGCGAUAGCUUACAUGGAUUUUUAUUGUUGUUUUCUACCGGAGGGGGAACGGGUUCUGGGUUGGGCACUUUCGUAUUAAAGUUGCUGGCUGAUUGUUACCCCGAAAUAGAAAGGUUUGUCGCUUGUGUGUACCCAACGGGCACGGAAGACGUCGUCACUUGUCCCUAUAAUAUGGGAUUUGCUACAAAAGAACUACUGGAUAACGCAACUUGUGUUUUUCCGGUAGAAAAUCGGUCUCUGUUGGAUAUCGUUGAGAGACAGGCGAAAAAACAGUCUGGAGAUAUCAGUUCUUUAUACACGCCUUUUAACGAUAUGAAUAAUAUAAUCGUCAAUAUGCUUUUACACGUUACAAGUGGGUCACGUUUCCCGGGGAGUUUAAACUUUGACAUGAACGAACUGAACACCAAUAUGGUGCCUUUCCCGAAGUUAAAUUUCCUCUCUUCGGGUUUCAAUCCUUGUCCGUACAGUAGUUUAAAAAAUGGAAAAAAGCCAAGCAAGCAACUUAAAGACGAGCUGUUCGUAGCGUCAUGUAGCAGAUUGAACCAACUGGUUAAAGUCGACCCUUUGGGUCCAAAAUCUGUUCUUAUGGCGACAACACUGAUAGGCAGGGGAGGUUUCUCGUUAUCGGACAUGAACGGUUACGUAGAAAAGAUUCAGAACAAGGGAAAGUUCGCACCGUGGGCUUUUAAAUCUAUCAAAUUAGGUUUGUGCGACGUACCGCCAAAAAACGCUACUCUAGCGAUGUUUUCCCUGCACAAUACGACGUCUGUGGUGAAUUUAUUCGAUCACAUCCACGGACAGUUCACGAAGUUGUACAAAAAGAAGGCACACGUUCAUCACUACACGAAAAUCUCUGGAUUCGACCGCGACUUCUUCCUCGAUUGCCACGAGUCUUUUAGGGGGGUGAUAAAUGCUUAUCGUGAGAUAGAAAACAUGAGUCCCGUUAAAAUUCCCAGACUUACACCAUUAAAAGACUUGUAAUUUAUUUGAUAAAAAGCAUAUAUGUAUAUUUUAUAAAACAAUCACAGUAAUAAUAUAUAAAAAUGUAACAAUGUACAAUACCGUUAGCAAAGUGCCUAAAAUAAACGUGAUAUUUGGUUAUUACAAGUAGUUUAACAUCAAUUUAUGUACA